AUGGUUUUAAUAACAGGAUAUUAUUAUCUGUGCGAUGCGGGUUAUCCAAAUGUAGAGGGAUUUCUCGGCCCGUAUAGAGGCCAACGGUACCACUUGCAAGAGUGGCGUGGUGCUAGAAAUACACCAACAAAUGCCAAGGAGUACUUCAACAUGAAGUACUAUUUGGCAAGGAAUGUCAUUGAGUGCGCCUUCGAUGUUCUUAAGGGUCGUUGGGCGAUUCUUCGUGGAAAGUCGUACUAUCAUCUGCAAGUCCAGUGUCACACCAUACUAGCAUGUUUCUUACUUCGCAAUUUAAUAAAUAGAGAAAUGAUAUAUUACGACGACGUUGAUGACGUGGAUGAGGGGGACUCCGCAUACGCGAUGACCACCGCUACAGAAGACAUUCACUACAUUGAGACGACAAACGAGUGGUCUCAGUGGUGCGACGAACUAGCUGAAUCGAUGUUCAUAGAUUGGCAGUUGCGUAACACUUAG